GUCAACCCAGCCUUCCACUCGUUACGCCAUCAUUGUCAUCAUCCUCAACAUCGGUCCUUUAACCAUGAUCAACGCUGUCCUCGUCUUCAAUAAUGCUGGCCAACCACGCCUCACCAAGUUCUACACUCAACUAGAAACGAGCGUUCAACAACGAUUGAUCUCAGAGAUAUUUACCCUCGUCGCGAACCGUCCUGCAACAGCAUGCAAUUUCCUUCCUCUCCCUCCUCUCCUUGCCAACAGCAGUAAAUCCUCUACACCUACCACACCGCACAACGAUACGCCGUCCCUAGUCACAUACCGUCACUAUGCCACUCUCUACUUCAUCGUCAUCUCAACAUCUACCGAAUCACCUCUUGCGCUGCUCGACCUCAUCCAGGUGUUCGUACAGGCAUUGGACGGGCUCUUCGAGAAUGUUUGUGAGCUGGAUCUGAUCUUCAAUUUCGAGACACUCCAUGCCACACUAGGGGAGAUAAUAGUAGGGGGAGUAGUGGUUGAAACCCAGCUUGACAAAGUGGUGGAAGGAGUUAAGGCUCAAGGAAAGGUUGCAAAGAGGCCAGUCAAUGAGAAUAAAGGCGGUCUCAGUCUGGCUGGUUUUGGAAGAGGUGAUGGAGUUUGGGCUGGAAGGUGAAGAGAAGCCGAACAACAAGUGAUAUACCAUUCGGCCAAUAUCAGGAGGAACAACUGCUGCUGCACUGGUCUAUGCGUGUUGGAAUCGAGAGUGAGCAUCACCUGGCUUGCUCCGCGUAGAAUAUCCAGGCCGCGAGAUGACCUCCAGGACUAUGAUGAAAUGUGCGACUAGAGGUCCAAUAAGCUGUGAUCGCAGGAUACUCAAUUGCGGAGCCUAAGGAGGGGAUUGAGCUACAGAGACGAUCAUAGUCGAUGCAAAACCUGGGUCGGCGCAUGCACAGUCAGUCAUACUGACUACUCAAUAGGAGACCAAUAAUUUCCUAGGCCUGGGAGGGGUUUUCGGAGUCCUGGGCCGAUAGCUUAUGGCCGGGCCGGUAUAACGGUCAAUUUAACCAUCUGGAACGAGCCCUAGAUCUCUACACAUCUGCCUCCAUCAUUAGUGCAUACAAAAGAUCCAAAUACUACAUAAUCCCAAGAUCACAUAUACCAGUC